AUGAUUCCAGAUUUAUCAGAUUUUUAUCCAAUAUUAACUGGAAUGGAUUUUCAAGGCAUACAGAAGAAACGUGAUGAAAUAGUUAAAAAUUUUAUUACCAUUUGGGAUGAUAUUAUCAAAGAAAGACGUAAACAAGAGAGUUCUAUUUUUGGUCAGAGAGAUUUCUUGGAUGCUUUGAUUAAAGAAGGGUUUACAAAUGAUCAGAUCAGCCAAUUGAUUUUGGAUCUACUUCUUGCUGGCACUGAUUCCAGUAGUAUGGUAACUGAAUGGGCAAUGGCAGAAUUGAUGAGAAACCAAGAUGUCUUGCACAAACUACGUGACGAACUUAAACGUGAAAUUGGAACAGAAAUGGUGAAAGAAUCCCAUUUAGCCCAUCUUCCUUACCUAGAAGCUUGUGUCAAAGAGACACUAAGAUUAUACCCUCCAGGACCAUUACUCAUUCCUCAUCGUGCCUUACAAACAUGUCAAGUAAUGGGCUAUACAAUUCCUAAAGAUUCCAAAAUUCUGGUUAACAUGUGGGCAAUAGGUCGAGAUCCUUCAAUUUUUAAUGAUUCAUUGAGGUUCAAUCCUGAGAGGUUUCUUGACUCAUCUUUGGAUUUUAAGGGAACCAAUUUUGCCUAUACGCCUUUUGGAGCUGGAAGGAGAGUUUGUCCUGGACAACCUUUGGCUACUAAGCAGGUUCCACUUAUUUUGGCAUCAUUAGUCCACUCAUUUGACUGGUUUCUUCCAGCCAAAGUAUUGGAAUCUCAAAAACACAUUAGAGAGAAGAAGGUGAGGGAGUUGGUGGGUUUUCUGGGUUCUAAGGAAGGUAAAGGAAUGGGCAAAGAGUUUAGGAAAUUUAUAGGUGAAAUGGCAGAGUUGAUGAUUACUCCUGAUUUAUCAAAUUUGUAUCCUAUAUUGGGUGCAUUGGAUUUUCAAGGAAAGAAAAUUUGCCCUGGACAACCUUUGGCUAUUAAGCAAGUUCCAUUUAUUUUGGCAUUAUUGGUUCUAGAGCCGGCUCAAUGA